AUGUCUCAAUCUUCCGGUUCCGCUCAGAUCAAAAACAAAAUUGCUGAUACUGUGAAAACAAGAUCAAAGUCUAAGAAGGAAGGAACAACUGUUGUGGUAGAUGCGAUGCCUUUAUCAAGUAUUCCUGCAACUACUUCUAAGAAGAAGAAAUCUGCAAAAUCCACUAAGAAAGUAAGUGAAUCGUCUCCCUCAAUCUCUAUUAAGUCUGAUUCUGUUAGGUCUAAGAAGAAGAAACCCCAAUCUCCCAUAAAAAGGGGUUUGAGCAUGUCUGAUCUAUACUUGAAUAAGGAUCUUUCUGAAACUGCGAAUGUGGAAUCGCAUGAUGCUGCCUCCGGCAAAAAUGCGAAUGUUGAAUCGUCUGUUAAGUCUGUGUCUGAAAAGGUGAAUCAAGAAAACCCUUCUGUAGAGGAAAACCCUAGUUCUGUUGAAACCCUAGGAAAAACCCAAAAUAUUGCUGAGAAUGUUGGUGUGAGUAAUAAUCCUAGUGUUCCUGAGAAUAUGACAGUUCCCACGAAAGUCAUAACUGAUGUUACUGAAAAAUCCCAAGAAAAGGCUGUUGUAACCGAUGCUCCAACCGGUGUUGAACCAUCCGCUAUACCAACUGAUGCUGAAAAGGAUGUUGAAGCAUCCAAAGAAGGAUCUAGCCCUCAUGCUAACACUGCCACUGGAUCAUUUGGUAGUGGAUCUAAUACUGAAGCUUCCACUGAAGAGGAAGUAAACAAAGAAAGUACUCCUGAACAAGCUGCGGACUCUGAGCCAGAAAAUGAAGCUGGUGAAGAUUCUGAGAAAACCACCAAUGAAGAGCAGGACAUAGUAGAUGUUGAUGAAGUCCCCUCUGAAGAAGAUCUGCAACCUCCACCUACUCAGAAAGGAAUUGGGAGAAGACUGAGAAGCAGGACCACUACACCUGCACCUGCUGUUACCACUACCCCUGUUGUCACCAAGAAAGCAAAGGACACUACUCUGAAGCCUGUCAAGUAUGGCCCUAAGAAAAGUUGGAGCAAGUCUAUACCUCCUCCUGAAAAGAAAAAGGUUGUGCUGAAAAGGAAGAGUGCACCAUCUAGUGACUCUGAUUUUGAAGCUGAAAAGGAUGAUUCAAGCAUCAAGCCUCCUGCUAAGAAGGCUAUGUCUGCUAAGAAGGCCAUGCCUCAAUCUGUUGCUCCUGACAUUGAAGACUUUCCUUGUGACAAUGUUUCAUUUCAUCUUCCAUCCUAUGCUCAACGAUGGGGAAUCAUUUGCAAACGAAGAUUGGCUCUGGAAAGGGAACUAGGUAAAGAUAUUAUGGAAUGUGAAGAGAUUGUGAGUUUGAUCAAUGAUGCUGGAUUGAUCAAAACUGUGUGGGGCUUAGGCUCCUGCUAUGAGAAGCUGGUUAGGGAGUUUGUUGUCAACAUUCCUAUAGGUUGUGACAAUCCCUUGGACAAAGAAUUUCAGAAGGUAUUUGUUCGAGGAAAAUGUGUGACAUUUUCUCCAAGUGUGAUCAACAAGGUGCUAGGUAAUGCUGAUGAUCCUCACCCUGACAUAGAUGUAUCUGACAAUGUGGUCUGCAAAACUAUCACAGCUGAAAAGGUGAAAACCUGGCCCAAGAAGGCGAAGGUACCUGCUGUCAAGCUAACCCAAAAGUAUGCCAUCUUGAAUCGUAUUGCAUCUGUCAACUGGGUUCCUACAACACAUGCAUCUGAUAUUGCAACAAAUCUGGGUAAGCUCAUUUAUAUGAUUGGUACUGGUACUAAGUUUAAUGCUGGUCUAUAUAUUUUCAAUCAAGUUGUGCAGCAUGCUAAAACCUCUGUCACCAAGCAACCCAUUGCAUUUCCAACUUUGAUCUGUGACAUCAUCUUGUCCCAACAUCCGAAUAUAAGGCAUGAGGAUGAGUCUGCUAAGAAAAGGGCAACUCCUUUGGCCAUUCAUCAGAAGCUGUUCAGUAAACAGCAUGCUCCAGAUAUUGCUGGACCAUCAAAUGCUGCUGCUGACACUCCUAUGACAAGGAAGGAGAUGAUUGCUAUGCUGGAAGCAAACUGUAAAGAGCUAGAUGAAAAGAAGUUGCAGUUUGAAAGGAUGAUACAUGCUCUCAGGGUUGAAGAGGCUGCAGCUCAAGCAGCUGAUGCAGAUGAUGAUGGUUCUAGUGGUGGAGAAGAAGCUGACUCAGAUACUGAAGGAGAAGAAAUUCCCAUUUUGUCUAUUUUGUGGCUAAAAAGGGGGAGUAGUUAUUGUAUGCCAUAA